AAUGUUUAAACCUAAUUCUGUCAUAUUCUACUCAAUUCGCAGAUGGGACAACACCACAGCCGCAUCAUUCACGAUCCGUGGCAGUAGAAUCCACACCGUCUCUGCACUAAUUCGUCCGUUGGCUCCAGCCAUUCAAGACGACGUAACCCGUGACGGAAUCGCUUUGGCGCGGAUCUCCAGACUAAUAACCAUCGCCAAUCUCCUCUGUGUUCUUGCGUGCGCGUUGACCUGCUGGCGACUCUGCGCUGGUCCCUCUCUUCUUCUGUGAGGAGCCACCAGAGUACGUACGUACAAUGGAGGAGGAGGGCGGCGUCACUUCGCCGUUGCUGCUGCGGCAGGGGCAGGAGAAGGUUUACCACCCGGGCUGCCCGGGCUGUGCCAACGACCGGAGGAAGGAGCUCCAGGAGGGACUGCCGUACAAGGAGUUCUUGUACGUCUGGAUCAUCUGCCUCGCGACUUCUUUACCGGUGUCAUCAUUAUUCCCCUUCUUGUAUUUCAUGAUAAGAGACUUGCACGUUGCAAAAAGAACAGAGGACAUCGGGUUCUAUGCCGGAUUUGUGGGCGCUUCAUUUAUGCUCGGUAGAUGCUUGACCUCAACUGUCUGGGGGAUGGCAGCAGAUCGGUUUGGGAGGAAGCCAGUUGCCAUACUCGGCGUCUUCUCCGUGGUUAUAUUCAACACUUUAUUUGGACUCAGUACUAGUUACUGGAUGGCAAUAGCCACAAGAUUUCUACUUGGCGCUCUGAAUGGUCUGCUUGGGCCAAUCAAGGCUUAUUCGAUCGAAGUUUGCAGACCUGAGCACGAGGCGCUGGGAAUAUCACUUGUCGGCACAGCCUGGGGAAUAGGUCUCAUCAUUGGGCCUGCUCUAGGAGGCUACCUUGCACAGCCUGCAGAAAAAUUUCCAGACCUGUUUUCACCUGACUCGUUCUUCGGGAGGUUUCCCUAUUUCUUGCCAUGCUUAUGCUCCUCGCUCUUCGCUGCUGUUGUUCUUGUCAUCUGCAUAUGGAUGCCGGAGACACUACACAAACACAAAGCUCGCCAUGACGAAAAUAAAAAUGACGAAGCUUUGGAGGCCCACCAGAGUGACUACAAGGACAAGGACGAACAGAUUCCAAGUUUGGAUGACAAGAAGAGUUUGCUCAAGAACUGGCCCUUCAUGUCAUCCUUAAUUACGUACUGUGUGUUUUCCUUCCAUGAUAUGGCUUAUUCAGAGGUGUUCUCUUUAUGGGCCGAAAGCGAUAGGAAGUAUGGCGGCCUCAGUCUAUCAUCUGAGGAUGUAGGUCAAGUGCUUUCAGUCACAGGCGUCAGUCUUCUCAUAUACCAACUCUCUGUGUACCCUCGUACCAACAAAAUCCUUGGACCUAUCAAGACUUCUCGAGUUGCAGCUGUUCUGUGCAUGCUUAUUCUCUUGGGCUACCCCUACAUGACACAUCUGUCAGGAACUGCACUGUCCGUCGUUCUCAACAUUGCGUCGAUCUUGAAAAUCAAUCUUGCUUCUACCAUCAUCUCGAGCAGCUUCAUCCUUCAGAACAAUGCCGUGCCUCAAGAUCAGAGAGGAGCUGCGAACGGACUGUCGGUGACAGUGAUGUCCCUGUUCAAGUCAAUCGCUCCUGCAGCUGCAGGCACUGUGUUCUCUUGGGCACAAGAACGGCAGCAUGCUUUCUUCUUUCCAGGUGACCAGAUGGUGUUCUUUCUUCUCAAUGCCAUCGAGCUCCUUGGACUUGUCCUCACGUUCAAGCCCUUCAUGGCCGCACCAGAGUCCAGAGCAGCAUGAUGCAGGUAUUAGUGUGUACGUAGCUAGUCAGUCAUAGACGGCUGCCUUAAUUAGUCACGAAGAAGAGAUGGAAGGGGAGGAUCGAUUGCUCUAUAACAGUGGUAGUAUAUUUUAUGGGUGGCGUACUUAAUUGUGUUGGUUUGUUCUCUCCAACACAAUUAAGUACACCAAGGUGAUGAGACUAGGUGUUAUUGGACAAAGCUGAAACUCUGAAAUUAUAGAUAUAGAUGGUAUAUAAUAGCAGAGAGCAAAACUAUGAAUGGCAAAAUCACAUUUUUUUCGGUUUCCCUCCGGACAGCGUCUAGACAAGCGAUUUGGCCGGUCUCAGUGGAAGCUUCAUUCAUGUGUCGGCAUGUAAAAACUGUGUGUGUGUGUGUGUAAAAGACAAAUUUUAUUCUUAUGAAACUACAUCUCUCUCUCU